AUGAAUCUGUCAUCGUACGGCAACAACACGUCCAGUGUUCAGAUUUUCAUUGAAUCUUUCAGUGCAGUAGUGACCAAGUGUGUGAUUGUUUUAAGUCUUGGCCUGAUCAUCAACUUCAUCAAUGGUACUCUGGUUCACACCUUCAGAAAACACGAGGUGUUUUAUUUGGAGCCUCGUUACAUCCUAUUCAUCCACCUGGUGGUGAAUGAUAUCAUCCAGCUUACGGCAACGAUCCAUCUAUUUGUCUUUGCUUACAUUUUCAACAAAGUUAAUGCUGCAUUCUGCUGCUUUAUCAUUACCAUCGCCAUCUUAGCCACUGCCAACACGCCAUUAAAUUUAGCCGUUAUGUCAUUAGAGCGCUACAUUGCCAUUUGUUUGCCACUCAGACACGCUGACCUCUGCACCAUAAAAAGAACAUAUAUUGUGAUUGGUUGGAUCUGGACCACGACUUCACUACUGGCUUUGCCAGAUUUGUUCAUUACUGUCGAAACACAACCCCCAGAAUUUUUCUAUUCUGCAAUUGUGUGUCAACGAGAUUUCCUGUUCAGACAUCCAGUAAUCCUUCAAAAGAGAGAUGUGUCUUAUAUAAUUUACCUUGUUGGUAUUUGGAUGACUCUAUUUUAUACUUAUUUAAAGGUUUUCUUUGCUGCUAAAACCGCUGGUGCAGAUGCAAAGAAAGCCAGAAAUACCAUCAUUCUUCACAGCAUUCAGCUACUCCUGUGUAUGUUAACUUAUAUAUACCCUUUUUUAACCAAGGCUCAGUUGUUCUCGAUCCCUCUAAGUGAUUUUGUACAACUACACUUUGCUGCGUACAUCAUCAUCCAGAUUCUGCCCAGACUUAUCAGUCCCAUUUUGUACGGGCUUCGAGACAGAACAUUUCGGCAGUAUUUGAAGCAGUACUUGCAGUGCACUUUAAGAAGGAAUGAAACCUUCUGUGAGACCUUCAAGAAGAUGGGGAGAGACUGGACCUUGUCACUGGAGUUGUAUGAAGGGUUACAAGAAUUUACAUGUAAACUGUACAGCUCCAAGUCCAGAAUCACCAACAUCAGUGAAAUGAGGUAUGCACUUUUCUGUGCAAAGAAAGGCAUAGAAUCCUGGCAGUUACCUCCUUGCUCAGAUUCUCUCAGGAAGCACUGUCUCAGAGCUAACUAUCAAAGUGCUAUCUGGAGGAGAUGCCUUGAGAACAACCCUGAGGUUCCUUCCCCAGUUGAGCAUGGUUGGUCUAGAGCUGGUCAAGAGGGUGACUUGCACCUCUCUGUAGACUGGAUCAGUGUCCCCACUGGUCCACAAGCAGUACUUGAGUUUCUGUCCUGUCCAUGUCGAAGGGACUGUGUCACUCAAUCAUGUCAGUGUGUUGCCAACAACUUGGCCUGCACUGACCUAUGCCAUGCAAGACAGCGCAAAAAUCAGAAGGAUGACAUUGCUGAUGAGGAUCAGUCCUAUUCCUCUGAUGAUGAUGAUGAUGAUGAUGAGGAAUUUGAUUAG